AAACUCGUGGUGGAGAAUGUUGAAGUUCUGACACAAAUGAGGACCAGCUUUGACAAGCCAGACCAGAUGGCAGCACUAUUUAAAAGAUUAUCAUCUGUGGACAGUGUGUUGAAGAGAAUGACCAUCAUUGGUGUUAUCUUGUCCUUCCGCUCCUUGGCCCAGGAAGCACUUAGAGAUGUCUUAUCCUACCACAUUCCUUUCCUUGUGAGUUCCAUCGAGGACUUCAAAGAUCACAUUCCAAGAGAGACUGACAUGAAGGUGGCAAUGAAUGUGUAUGAGCUAUCAUCAGCUGCUGGCUUGCCUUGUGAGAUUGAUCCUGCCUUGGUGGUAGCACUGUCUUCCCAAAAAUCAGAAAACAUCAGUCCAGAAGAAGAAUACAAAAUUGCUUGCCUCCUGAUGGUCUUUGUGGCAGUGUCCUUGCCAACCCUGGCUAGCAAUGUGAUGUCUCAGUAUAGCCCAGCCAUUGAAGGGCACUGCAACAACAUUCACUGCUUGGCAAAAGCUAUCAACCAGAUUGCUGCAGCUUUGUUCACCAUCCACAAGGGAAGCAUUGAAGACCGUCUGAAGGAGUUCCUGGCUCUUGCAUCAUCCAGCCUGCUGAAGAUUGGCCAGGAGACAGACAAAACCACUACAAGGAACAGAGAAUCUGUUUACCUAUUAUUGGACAUG